AUGGGGCGGCGUCCAAAAGGCCUGCACGCCUUUAGUGGUUCCGAGAUAUCUGGCCAGAAGUAUUGGAGGCCCCACCCCCGUCCAAAAGUAGUGAUAGAUGGGGAGUUUGGAGCUGUAAAGUGUCUUGUAUUCUAUUGUACAACAACGCAUUUGGGGAAGUGGCGUGUAGGCAACAGCCCAGGGCUGCCCGCAGCGGCGUUGGGCGCCGGGGCACGAAGAGAACGUUUCGAAAGACCGGAGGCUGGCAGCUGCGAUUUGGAAAUCAGGGUGAAACGUUUUCGAGAUGGGUUUGUGUGGAGUUUCAGGAGGCGUGUCUGA